AUGUUUCUGAGCUUAGGAAUUAGCUUUCUUCUCAGCAACUACUUAUCUAUCUAUCUAUCUAUCUAUCUAUCUAUCUAUCUAUCUAUCACAGUCUGUUCACAUCCCUAUCUAUCUCCCUGUCUUUUCGGAUCUAUCUAUCUAUCUGAGUCUUUUCACAUCUCUCUCUCUCUCUCUCUAUUCCCAGCUCUCUACCUCUCUUUUUCUCUAUCCUUUCUCCCUCCCCAUAUCUAUCUAUCUAUCUAUCUAUCUAUCUAUCUAUCUAUCUAUCUAUCUAUGAAAUUAUUCCUAUCUAUCUAUCUAUCUAUCUAUCUAUCUAUCUAUCUAUCUAUCUAUCUAAUCAGUGUUCAUAUCUAUCGAAGACUAUUCAUAUCUAUGUAUCUAUUUAUCUAUUCCUCUCUACGUAUCUCUCUGUCUCUGUUUUUCUGUCUCUGUCUCUAUUUUUCCAUUUACUUUCUAUCAAUGUUUUGGGGUGACCUUGCUGUUCGUGGGAGGCCAGGUUUCUUUUUCUUUACAUCACCCGUUUCCCUGAAGUUGUUUACCCAUGAAACAAUCGACUGCCGGCCAGGAACACGACCACGGGGGGUAAUAUUGAAAUGUCUACGGAAUGCACGUUGCGUUGCGACGAUUGAGCGACCGCUUGAAAAAAAUGCCUCAACAGCGAAAGCGCGUUCCAACUUCGUCCACUCCAUGAUGCUCACUGGGGUUCCUGAAAAAUAA